ACUGAUCGCUCGUGCUCGGUGUUGCUGGCCCACGUACAUCACGGUCCCCUCGGUGACGUCUGUGUCCCCUCUGCUACCAGUGGCCCCAUGCCAUAUAUAUUCAUGCCGGGCAAGAUGGCGGCGAUACGGACGAUGUGUUAUUGCCAGUGGACAUAAACAGGCAUUUUAUUCAAAAUAGAAAACCGAAGCAGAUACAUUUAUACACUCGGUCGUAUCGUGUGUGUAUUUGCCGCGCAACGAGCACUGACGUAUUUUUUUACUUAACGCGUUUAAACGUUUUUUUUCUUCCAAAAUGUUCACGUUGUAGCUCGCUCGCUAACCGACCAGCUGGCUAACAGAGAGCAGUCACUAGCUAGCUAGGUAUCUAUCACAGCCAAGCCGCCGUGAAGUGUAGAAUGGGAGAAAAGCUGGAGCUCAAGCUCAAAUCGCCGGUUGGAGCAGAACCUGCUGGGUAUCCGUGGCCACUACCAGUAUACGAUAAACAUCACGAUGCUGCUCAUGAAAUCAUCGAGACCAUUCGGUGGGUGUGUGAGGAGAUCCCAGACCUCAAACUGGCAAUGGAGAACUACGUACUCAUCGACUACGACACCAAGAGCUUCGAGAGUAUGCAGAGACUUUGUGACAAGUACAACAGGGCCAUCGACAGCAUUCACCAGCUGUGGAAAGGGACCACCCAGCCCAUGAAGCUGAACAAGCGCCCCUCCAAUGGGCUGCUGAGACACAUCCUACAGCAGGUGUACAACCACUCGGUGACCGACCCGGAGAAGCUGAACAACUACGAGCCCUUCUCCCCUGAGGUGUACGGAGAGACCUCUUUCGACCUUGUGUCUCAGAUCAUCGACGAGAUGGAAAUGAUGGAAGAUGACACCUUUGUUGACCUCGGCAGUGGAGUGGGGCAGGUAGUGCUGCAGGUUGCAGCAGCAACCAACUGUAAACACUACUACGGUGUAGAGAAAGCAGACAUUCCAGCUACCUAUGCAGAGACCAUGGAUAAAGAGUUUAAAAAGUGGAUGAAAUGGUAUGGGAAGAAACACGGGGAGUACACACUGGAAAGAGGGGACUUUCUGUCAGAAGAAUGGAAGGAAAGGAUCGCCAACACAAGGUGGUAUACCAAACCCAGCCACA